GCGGGGGGCGGAGGGACGGAGGGAAGAUGGCGGCCGCGGCCGGAUAUUGGCGCCGCCUCCCCCAAUCCUGGAGCCGGCGCAGAUGAGGCGGGUCGGCUGGGGCCAGCGGCGCUUCGGAACCCGAGCUGGGGGGACGCUGGCGGUGGGGCCUGGCCCUGCUCCAUGCCGGCGCCUCGGCUAGAGUGAGCGGCAACGGCGGCGGCGCCUCUUCGCUCCGGCUCGUUCCCUGUGGCUGUGAGUCCGAGCGGGUGGCGGGCGGCCAGGCGACGGGGUCGGGAUGGAGGACGUUAACUCCAACGUCAACGCGGACCAGGAGGUGCGGAAGCUGCAGGAGCUGGUGAAGAAGCUGGAGAAGCAGAACGAGCAGCUCAGGAGUCGCUCGGGGGCCGUGCAGGGCGCCGGCUCCCUCGGGCCCGGGAGCCCGGUUCGAGCCGGCACGUCCACUCCCUCCUCUGGCUCGGCGUCCCCUCGGGGCUUCCCCUUGGGCCUCAACGUCAAGUCGAGCAGCGGAGCCGGGUCGGGCCCGAGGCGGACGAGUAGCGAGGAGCUGCGGGACGCCACCUCCUUGCUGGCAGCAGGCGAGGGCGGCUUGCUGGACGAGGUGGAGCCGCUGCGGCCGGAGGAGCUGGAGCGCCUGUCAGGCUGGGAGGAGGAGGAGGAGAGCUGGCUGUAUUCAUCACCAAAGAAAAAACUUACACCAAUGCAGAAAUUGGUUAGCCCAUUAGUUUGGUGCAGGCAAGUUUUGGAUUACCCAAGUCCUGAUGUUGAAUGUGCUAAAAAAUCUCUUAUCCACAAACUUGAUCAAACUAUGUCAGCUCUCAAGAGGCAGAAUUUAUAUAAUAAUCCUUUCAACUCCAUGAGUUACACGAGUCCUUAUAGUCCAAAUGCAAGUAGCCCAUACAGUAGUGGUUUCAAUUCUCCGUCCUCAACCCCAGUGCGACCUCCUAUAGUCAAACAGCUAAUACUUCCUGGAAAUUCAGGUAAUUUGAAAAGUUCAUCAGACAGAAAUCCUCCACUCAGUCCUCAAUCCUCUAUAGACAGUGAGUUAAGUGCUUCAGAAUUAGAUGAAGAUUCGAUUGGAUCCAAUUAUAAGCUAAAUGAUGUAACUGAUGUGCAGAUUCUAGCUCGGAUGCAGGAAGAAAGUCUCCGGCAAGAAUAUGCAGCCACCACAUCUCGGCGCAGUUCUGGUUCAUCUUGCAAUUCUACAAGACGGGGUACUUUUAGUGAUCAGGAGCUUGAUGCACAGAGUUUAGAUGAUGAAGAUGACAGUAUGCAUCAUGCAGUAUACCCUGCUGUUAACAGGUUUUCACCAUCACCACGCAAUUCACCUCGACCAUCACCUAAGCAGUCACCCAGAAAUUCACCUCGUUCACGAUCUCCUGCUCGGGGAAUAGAAUAUAGUAGAGUGUCCCCGCAGCCUAUGAUUAGCCGCUUACAGCAACCUCGACUUUCACUUCAAGGCCAUCCCACAGAUUUACAGACAAGCAAUGUGAAAAAUGAAGAAAAACUAAGACGCAGUCUUCCAAACCUGUCCCGAACAUCUAAUACACAAGUUGACUCAGUGAAAAGCAGCAGAAGUGACUCAAAUUUUCAAGUGCCAAAUGGAGGAAUACCUCGCAUGCAACCUCAGGCUUCAUCCAUACCUUCUCCAGGCAAAUUCCGCUCCCCUGCAGCGCCAUCUCCUUUGGCUCUUCGGCAACCAGUAAAAGCAUUUAGUAACCAUGGCUCUGGUUCUCCUGGUAGCCAAGAAACAACACAGCUCACACAGACCACCUCCUCACCUGGGCCUCCAAUGGUUCAGAACACAGUCCCUGCAAAUCCUCCCAGCAAUAUCAACAGCACUACUCUAACCAGACCUGCAGGGACAACCGUGAUGAGAAGCGGCUUGCCCAGACCCAGUGCCCCUUCUGCUGGGGGUAUACCAGUGCCUCGCAGCAAACUUGCACAGCCUGUCCGCAGAUCCUUGCCAGCUCCUAAAACCUACGGUAGCAUGAAAGAUGACAGUUGGAAAGACGGCUGUUAUUGACCAGCAAAGGGAAGAAUGCAGAAGUGCCAGCUUCAUGGACACCCCUUCACCAGGCUGCCACACCACUUGAUGUGCAGACUGUUCACAUAAGACUCUUGGGAUUUGUGAAGUCCCAGCCCUCUCUGUCUUGAUUAGCACAAACCGACAGAGACGACCAAGCAGCACUUUAAUGACAUUUAACAUCAGAUGUGUUUGGUAAUCAUACAAUCACUCUCCAUGGAAUCACUUUUAGUUUUGUUUAACAGAAACUGAGUUGAUUUUUUAAUAUUUGACAGAGGCCAUUAUCUGGGCAAAAAAACUAAUGGAUGCCAAAGAGAAAAUGCCCAUUUGUAAACGAGAGAGUACCUUUGUGCACAAGAAAAUGGUAAAUUCACGCUAUCCAAAACUUCACGUUCAACCUAAUUUACUGUAAAAAUGGUAUCAAUAAAUCUUUGUGUAAUAUUCUGAUUAGUUAUCCAAGCUGUUUCACUGGUGUUUCACUAGUAUUCCCAAGAAACUAGACUGAGAUGGAAAAACCCUGGGCUAGAGAUUUAAAACAUGAUACCUAAAUUUGGGAGAAUUCUGUAAAUAUUUUUGCAGAUCCAUUAGAAAGACAAAAAUGUCAUGCUGUGUUAAGUUUUGGACGUAGCUCACAAGUCAGCACCGCCAGGUAGUGGGACAGUGCAUCCACCAUCGCAUUGGCACAUCGGCCUCUGUGUUUGUUGUGACUGCCAAAGGGCUAUGUGUCAGUUGUACAAUCUUUCCACACUUCAUAGCUCCUGGCUCAGGAAAGUUCGCCUUUGCUGUUGAAGCCAGCUUCUCCACAUGCUGUUUUCUGUCACAGAACUAAGAGAUCUUAUUUCUAUUCGCAGGUUUCCACGAUGGGAAAGAGCAAGUAGCAUGUGUCUUUAUUCUUGAUAUAAAUAACACCACCUCAGUGCUUACAACCUGGAACAAAACCAUACAGUGAGAGAGAGGGAGAAAAUCUAUGCACUUAACUUAUAAAAUCUCUGGAAAUGACAGUUGUACUGUCGCUUUUAAAUGACACAACGGUCUAUCAUGUGGUAGGAGAGUAGCCUGCUGAAUCCUACCUAAGUUGAUCCACUUUAGACUGAGUAACUGUAUAAAAUGUCCUUUGAAAAUACUGUCCCUUUUGACUUUGAUUCUGCCUUACAUCAAUUUUUGCAUUUUUUGUAACAAAUAAAACCCAGUACAUGUGACUCUAACCCUUAAAUACUAGCUCUGUAAUGGGCCCUGUGUAUACCCUGGGAAUCACUUAUUUCAGUUUUUUUAGACUUUUACCAAACUAAAAUGUCUUUCUACAGCUCACUCCUCAUUUUUCAUGGUGAGAGGUCUAUGUUUAAGUAUUUGAUUUGAACAGCUCUGAAAUAUUGGCAAUCAAGUCACCUAAAGGAUUUUAGAGCUUUGAACAUAAGUUUAUUUCCUGUUAGUCAAAGACAUUCUGUAAGUUGGCAAAAGAAAUUGAGAAAUGGGAAGCUUGAUAUUCAGGAUAGCAUUGAGGUUGACAUGUUGAGAGACCCCUGUUCUGCCGUGACUGACACCAUGGUAGUCUGGAUUAAUUUACUGGUAGGGAGUCAUUCCGUUAGCACAAGCAGCUGCAGAUUUACACCGCCAGUGCUAAUGUAUUUCGGCAUAUAAUGCAAGAAAUAUUGUCAUUGAAUUUGAGGGUAGUGUGGGUGGGUCAGGAAAGAUGGCACCAGAAUUCCACAUAAUGAUGAACUAAAAAAUGUUGCUUUUUAGAGAAGAGAAGAUUUGCUUCGGGUGUGUGGGGGGAAAUCCCAUGUAAAAAUCUAAGUAAAAGAACAAGCCCACUGUCUCUUUAAAACCACACAUACAGAAAACAAAAUAGGUCUCAGUUUUCAGAGCAACAUUGCAAAAGGUAUAUAUAUAUAUAUGCUGCAAUCUAAUAAUUAAGAGGAAUUUUAACUAUUAUGAAACACCCAUUACAUUUUUAAGUUAGAUUAUCGGUUUCCAAAGGAGUAUUCAGGUUAUUUAACUUUGUUUUUAAAAGGCUGCAUCAGAAAAAAAAAAAAAAUGUCUAUUUUUUUUUAAUUAAAAUAUUUCAUCACUUGUUAAAAAUGUAUUUGGAUUUGAGUUGGGUAAAGCAUUAUUUUACCUGCUGUUGUACUACCACAGACUAUUGACUUUUGGUCUCCUAAAGAGAAAAAUUGCCUUUUUACUAGAAAACCUUUGUGUAUUGCCAAUUUUUCUAUUUGGGGAAAAUCCAAGGAUUACUGUGGUUAGUCUUACAGGAGAAAUGUGGAUUUGAUAAACUAGUGCCUAUGAUUUUAACUUAUGUUUGAUAUAUAGUAGUUAGGGUUUUAUGAAUGUUGAUAAUUUUUUUUGUGUGCCAACAACCCAGAUUUGUCACUUUUAUGUAAGCAGAAAGCUAUGAGCUCUGCUUCUGAAGUUAUUUAAUUUUCUUGGUGUUUGAAUGUUAUUUUUUUGUGUGUUAAUAAAAGUGUAAAGAAUUGGAAAAAAUAUAAAUAUUCUUAAUUCAAGCAUUUGCUGAAUCAUUUUUCUACAAAACUUGUUUGUAAUAUAAAGUACUCUCUGAAGAGUUGACUUUUUUCAGUUUUCAUACCUUGAAAAAUCACAUUUUGUAAAACUGGGGACCAUUCAUAAUUGUCAGAUACUUUUUAAAAUUGUUAUCUCAGUACAUCACUUUUAUAAAAAAAGUUUUUUUCAAAGGAAAUUAGAUACAUAUGUCCCCAGAUAUUUGUAUAACUCUAGAGUGAUCUAGACUGUGUAUAUUUAAAUUAACUUUUUAUUGAAUGUACAGGCAUCAGUUUUUGACAUUACGCAUGGUCCUUUGAGAUCCCAUGAACUUUGAUUUGCAAACAUUUCUAUAGCCGAACUUGUAUGUGUGGUUGCCUCCUUAAUAAACAGCCUGACCAUAAUGUUUAUUAUUAAAUUUAUAUUUGUUUUUCAA